AUGCCAGAAGGAGUUGAAUACCUCGUUGAGGGAGUUCAAGUAACUAAAGCCAACGUCGAGAAAGUGUUACAGGAAAAUUUUGGCGUGCACGCGAAAAUACUCGAGGCUUCUCCUCUCGGUAAGGAUGCUAUUGGUUACAUGUCAGUUAUUCGUAGACUAUCUCUUCAAUGGCCUACUCAUCGUGAUGACCUGCCAGAAUCAGUUAUUAUCAAGAUUACGUCUUCAUCGUCUGUUAAAGAUGCACUCGACAGGUCAGGCCGUAGAUCAGGAGAUCCUUCGAAAGCUGAAGAAGAGGAGAGAAUCAUGAACUUCUUGCAGGCAUGCAUGCACAACAAUGAAGUCACUUAUCUAAGGAACUUUACUAAGUUUCGUGAGGAAGCAGAUUUCUCGUAUCCGAUCACUCAUUAUACUGGUGAUUACGGUUCAGACAACUCGUACAUAGUGCUUAAAGAUUAUAAAGACUGCAAAUUGAUUGAUCUUAUUGACGGGUUCAAUGAGGAACAGUUAUAUGCUAUCGUCGACCAGAUUGUGAAAAUUCAGGCAUAUGGUUUCACGAACUCCGAAUGUAGUCUCAUUCCGAUCCCCCCAGAGAGGGUGGCUCUGAUUUCUGGCUUUGUCAAUCACUUGUUGGUGUCAGCAAGAGCUUUGCAUGAUAAGUACCCGAAGGUUUUUAAAAAGUUGAAGACUUUCCUUGAUCACACUUUCACUGAUGGCGUAUCAGAUAUGGUUUCACAAAGAAUUAAUUAUAUUAACCGAGUAGGAAGAUGGUCUCUUGUACAUGGGGACCUUUGGGCUCCCCAAAUAUUGUGGGAUGAUGAUCGAACUAUUGGUGCCAUAGUAGAUUGGCAGGGUACAACUUGUGGAAGUCCAGUUGAGGAUAUACUACGAAUCUUGACCACUUGUACAAGCGUGGAAAACAGGCGAAGACUAACAAAACCGUUGUUGGAUUAUUACCAUAGAGAACUCACUAAGGCAUUGGCAAAGAAAGAUUUCGAGAUUCCUUUCACAAGAGAGGAUAUUGAGCAAGAGCUUGUUGAUUUCUACCCAUGCUCACUGAUGUCCUGUGUUUUCGCAAACUCUUUCUGGGAUAAAGCUGAAUUGCUGAGUGGAGAAGGCCGAAUGGACGAAUCUUUCUCUCGACUUGCCGCAUUCAUCGAUGAUGUGCUCCAGUCGAAGGGUUUGUAA